CGCUGGUUUCAAAUUAUGAAACGCUUCCUCACGGACCACAGGGGAGAACAGCCAUCAACCAUGGGGACAGCUCUCAGCUUGAACAGCCCUGAGUCCACUGAGGAGAGCUGGACAGGGGCCAUAAAGAAAGAAGAGUCACCUCCAGGGUCAGGACCAGCCAUUCCCUGUGAGGAGGACAUCUACCUUGCCGCCAGGGCUCAGGGGAUCCUGGGCUGGAGCAGCUCGCCAUCGUCUGAGACCUCCUCUGAGUACCAGUCCUAUUCCCAGUGCCAGUCCUGCUGCUCCUGCACGUGUGAGGAUGAGAACGCUUCCCCGCAGAGUGUCUGUGCCUUCUACACCCAUGUGCAGACCGUGCAAGGCGUGGCAGUGGCCUGGGAGACGGAGUCCGGCUUCGAACCGGUCAGCAGGAAGCCCCGCAUCCAUGAAGCCCAGUUCAUCAAGAGGCAGCGACGGAAAGGCUCCUCCUUUGACAUGGCUUCCAACACCGACCUGUGCUGGGACUUGGAAGCUUGUAAGAACAACUGCGGCCCAGAGCCGGAUGACGGUGAACUGCUGGAGUGCUGCCUGCAGGAGCUGCGGCCCCCCCCAGACUGGCUGGUCACCACCAACUACGGGCUGCGCUGCGUGGCCUGCUGCAGGGUCUUCCCCUCGCUGGAUGCACUGCUGGAGCAUGCCCAGCAUGGCAUCCAGGAGGGCUUCAGCUGCCAGAUCUUCUUUGAGGAGAUGCUGGAGAGAAGGGCUCGAGGCCAAGAAGAGGAAGAGCAGAAGGAAGAUGAGCAGAGCCCUUCUGAAAACAGCGAAAGUUCCCAGGCCCACAGCAAGGUGCUUCAGCAGCAGCAGCAGGAGCAGUGA